AUGCUAGUUGUUGUAGCGUACGAUGCAAAUAACCAACUGUUUCCGAUUGCCUUUGCAAUUGUUGACAGCGAGAAUCAUGACUCUUGGAAGUAUUUCUUGCAGAAGUUAAAGGAAGCGAUUGGGGAGGUUGAAAACUUAGUGUUUGUAUCGGAUAGGCAUCAAAGCAUUGAACAUGCUGUCAAGGUUAUUUUCCCCGAAGCAUGCCAUUGUGCAUGCUACAAACAUAUUUCUAUGAAUGUCACCCACAAGUUCAAGACUGAUGUGUGUAACACGCAAAUAUGGUGCUCAGAACGGAUGGAUCCUCCCAUCGCUGCUUAUGUUGACAAUAUAGGAUUAGAAAAAUGGGCUCGUCCUUAUUGUCUAGGAGACAGGUACAACAUCAUGACAAACAACGCUGCAGAAAGCCUUAACAACGUGACUGAAGAAUUCCGGGCAUAUCCAAUAACUACUCUAGUUGAGUUCAUAAGGUUCACACUACAAAAUUGGUUUGCUAACCGUCUUGAGAAGGCAAGUAAGUGUGUUACCCCUUUGGCAACUCAUUUUGAGGAAGAUUUGAUAAAGCAACACGAGGAUGGUAGACGUAGAAGUGUCCUACGUAACGGUGCACAAUUGUUUAAUGUUGGAAGAGGUGCUGACGGUUCUGACUUUGAAAAAGGCGGAGAUGUGAACUUAGUUGAGAGAACAUGCACUUGCGGCAUGUUCCGAUUGUUGAAAAUUCCUUGUCCCCAUGCAUGUGCCGCAGCGCUUACUCAGAAUGUCAGUGUCUACGCUCUGUCAUCUCCCUAUUACACAAAGGAGACGUGGAAGAAUACUUACGAUGCAACAAUUAAUGUUGUGGGCGAGGAGGAUGAAUGGGUGCUUCCAGAACACAUGCAGAACAUGAGAAUCGGUGUACCAGUGGAGAAGAAACCUGUAGGUCGUCCAAGAAAGAGCAAUGCAGGAAGACUACGGACUAACCGAUUUCCAUCGAACGGUACCAAAGUCAAGGAACCACGCAAAUGUUCAAACUGUGGCGCAUUGGGACACAACAAAGCUACUUGCAAGGCCAGGGUUUGA